GACCCCCACGUCCGCCCCCCCAGACCUGUGUGUGACCCCCAUUUCUGCCCCCCAGGUCCGUGCCCCACCCGGCAGGAGCGCCUUGCAGGGAGCGCCCGGCAUGGAGGACAAACGCAACAUCCCCAUCAUCGAGUGGGAGCACCUGGACAAGCGGCGCUUCUACGUGCUGGGCAUCUGCAUGACCAUGAUGAUCCGCGUCAGCGUCUACCCCUUCACGCUGAUCCGCACCCGGCUGCAGGUGCAGAAGGGGAAGAGCCUCUACAACGGGACCUUCGACGCCUUCGUGAAGAUCCUGCGGACGGAGGGGGCGGCCGGGCUGUACCGCGGCUUCCUGGUCAACACCUUCACCCUCAUCUCGGGGCAGUGCUACGUCACCACCUACGAGCUGACGCGCAAAUACGUGGCGCGGUACAACAACAACAACGCCGUCAAGUCGCUGGUGGCCGGCGGCUCGGCCUCGCUGGUGGCUCAGAGCAUCACGGUGCCCAUCGACGUCGUCUCCCAGCACCUGAUGAUGCAGAGGAAGGGUGAAAGCAUGGGCCGGUUCACGGUGCGCGGCCGCGACGGACGGCGGCUGGUGGUGUUCGGGCAAACCAAGGACAUCAUCGUGCAGAUCUUCAAGGCCGAUGGGUUGAAGGGUUUCUACCGCGGCUACGUGGCCUCGCUGCUCACCUACAUCCCCAACAGUGCCGUCUGGUGGCCCUUCUACCACUUCUACGCCGCUCUCCAGCCUGACCCCCAAGGAUUGCCCACAUCUCCUCCUUCAAGCCAUCUCAGGGCCGCUCGCCGCCGCCACGGCUUCCACGCUCACCAACCCCAUGGAUGUCAUCAGAGCUCGGGUUCAGGUGGAAGGCAAAAGCUCCAUCGUGCUCACCUUCAAGCAGCUGAUGGCGGAGGAGGGACCCUGGGGGCUGACCAAAGGCCUUUCCGCCCGCAUCAUCUCUGCCACCCCCUCCACCAUCGUCAUCGUGGUGGGCUACGAAACGCUGAAGAAGCUGAGCCUGCGCCCGGAGCUGAUGGACUCCCGGCACUGGUAGGGCUGGUGGGGGUCAGCAGCUCCACAGCCACCUUUGUGCUCGGCACGGGCAGCAGCUGCAGCAGCGCAGCUCUGGGAGCCACCCUGAGCUCCACCAGCAUUUCUGCCCGGCGCCGCGUCGCACGGAGCCCUUCGUGCCCUUUCAGAGCCCACAGCCUCCACCUCCUGUCCCCUUUUCUGCCUUUUCCAAACCCACUCAUGGGUGGCACGGACGGCGGUUCAGCCCCGCGUUCCUCGGCGGCUGCUGGAGGUGCGAGAGCAGCGCGACCCGGAGCCGCUGCAGCCCUCAUUGCUGCCCCGGACGGUUCUCAGCGUUAUUUCAUGCUUUCUGACGGCCGCGCCGGGCGCUCGUUCCCACGUUUUGUGCACUUUACGGACCGGGGGCCGUUGGGGCUCCGGGGAUGGACGCAUCGCCCACGGCUCCGCUCAGUGGGACGGGAGUGACCCCGGCGGAGGCCCGGGGCCGUCCUGAAGGAGCAUCGGGGCGAAUAAAGGCGCGUCAGCCGCGUUCCGCUCCGGUUCCA